AUGUUUUCUCAAUCGUUGCAGUUGGGUGAUAAUACUUUUGAUGCAUUGGAAAGACAACAUACGAAAGCACACACAACUCCAACCACCCAGCGAACAAUAACAAGAUCCCAGCGUGCUAUAACGAUCAAGCAACAGCAGCAGCAAAGUAGCACCGAACCGGAAGUAAUCGAAAAAUCGCCGACCAACGCAAAAUGUCCAGCAGAAAUGUCCCGCCAGCGGAGCGUACGGGAACGGUUGCAAAUUAUAUCGACCCAGGCCAGAGGACGGAAAACGAAAAAUCGUACCGUGCGAAGUACCACCAGUAAUGCUGGACAACGAUCGCACGCUAGCGAACACCCGUCCAAUUCUAAAAAGGAAAAUUUAUCCGAACUGUUCAGCAGUGAUAUACAGUUCGAUGUCGGAGGUCAAUCUUCGCAGAAAAAUGCUUUGAAACGAACACGAGGUUCACAGGAGAUCGGUCUAAACGAUGAUGGGCGGCCGUCGCCGGAAAAGCAACCGUCGCAAUAUGAUGAUCUUUUCCAAAAUAGUGCCUUUUCGAUGAACACCGUACGUAGUCAAUCGAUCGCGAUGCUAGCCACGGCUGCCAAUCAGAGCGUACCGAAAGAUGGCAGCUUCUAUACGCUUUUCGAUCAGAGCGAUUUUACCCUUGAUAAAGUAGACGGAAGGCCAGAACUAGUCGACGAUCAACCACCUAUACCGGCAAUCAUGACCGAAAGUGAGCUGGAGAUCUUUAGCGAAACACUAUUCGAUCGUGCGAUUUCGAGCGAACCUGCCAUGAACGAUCUGUUCGAUGAUAGUGAUCUGAUCGAGUCGCUGCGUGUUGAUUCGGCGGACGACACGGUCGAGGAUGCGGCAAUUGACAUCGAAAAUGUUACCUUUUCUCAACCUCUCGUACUGGCAAGCAUUGCACUCGGACAGCAGCAAACAUCCGAACGGAGCUUUCGACAAGAACCGGACGAUCGAAACACGGAGAUGUACGCUUUUAUAGAAUCAGAAAUGGAACAUUCGCUUCGCUUUUCUAGAGAAGCAUCAGAAGGAAUGUUAUACAACGUUCCGAACAGACAUGACGAGAGUGGUUCAUUUUCCGUCAGAAGUGGUGGUCUGAAGAAUGUUACAAAAGAGAGUACCACAGUUGUUCCGUUAAAGCAAACACUUGCCAAUAGUAUGAGCCUGGAUGCGACGAAAGAUUUACGUUUGAUCGACAGCUGGGGUCUGCCAAAUUCCGUUACGCGUGAGUACGCAAAGAAAGGGAUCGUCCAGUUGUUCCCCUGGCAGGUGGAAUGUUUAUCACGCAAGGAGGUAAUGCUAGAAGGUAAAAAUCUAAUUUACACUGCACCGACAUCCGCCGGCAAAACGCUUGUAAGUGAGUUUCUGCUUAUCAAAACGAUCGCCGAACGGAAGCUGAAAGCGUUGCUAAUACUGCCAUUCGUUGCCGUUGCCCGGGAGAAGAUGCUUUAUCUGAAGGACCUCCUGGAACCGGGCGGUAUGCGCGUGGAAGGCUUUUACGGUGGAUAUAAUCCACCGGGUGGGUUCGAAUCGGUUGAUGUUGCAGUUUGCACGAUCGAGAAAGCAAACUCGAUUGUGAACCGUCUGCUGGAGCAACGUGCCCUCACCACGUUGGGUAUUGUUGUAGUUGAUGAAGCGCAUCUGAUAUCCGAUCCGUCGCGUGGCUACAUUUUGGAGCUGCUGCUUACCAAGAUUCGUUUCGUAGCCGAUCGCACUAACCAUUUGCUACAGAUCGUUUGCAUGUCGGCCACAUUGCCCAACAUGCAUCUUCUAGCCCAGUGGCUAGAGGCGGACCUGUACCGCACCGACUUUCGGCCCAUUGCACUGUUCGAGAUGAUAAAAAUCGGCAGCACGAUUUACGACGCGACGGGUGAGCAGGUUCGAUCGCUCGACGGCAUCACGCUGCUCGGUUACAGCAUACCGAAAGAUGCGGACCACGUGGCAUUGCUUUGUCUCGAAACCAUCCUCGAGGGUUGUGCGGUGAUCGUGUUCUGCCCGUCGAAAGAUUGGUGUGAACAGUUAGCAAUCUCGCUUGCCAGUACGGUACACACGGUACGCAAGCGGGACGUUCGAUUAAGUGCCCAGGUAGAUGGUGUACGGCAGGAGGAAGUGUUGCUACAGCUUCGCAGUUGCCCAGCCGGGUUGGACAGUGUGCUGGAGAAAAUUGUACCGUACGGUAUCGCUUUCCAUCAUGCUGGGCUGACGACCGACGAACGGGACAUCGUGGAAAGUGCGUUUCGCGACGGUGCAAUCCGUAUCAUUGUGGCCACGAGCACGCUUAGCAGUGGCGUGAAUCUUCCCGCCCGACGCGUAAUUAUUCGUACACCCAAGUUCGGUGGACGACCGAUGAGCGCGCUGACCUACAAACAGAUGAUAGGCCGUGCGGGUCGUCAAGGGCACGAUACGGUCGGCGAAUCAAUUCUGGUAUGCGGUGCGGCCGAGGAAAAGAUCGGUCGGGAAUUGAUUGGCAUCGAGUUGCCGCCGGUUCGAUCGUGCCUCGACAGUGACAAUUAUGCAUACUUGAAGCGAGCAGUGCUAGAAAUUAUUGCAUCCGGGAGUGCCACUACCUCGCAGGAUUUGGAAUCAUUCGUCAACGCAACACUGCACAGCUGUGAGCGGGGCGAUCGGUUCAUCGUCCACGAUGACCACUUACGGAAGAAAUCGAACAAAGCACCAAAACCGGAUGACGAUGAUGGCAAAGCAAGCGAAGACAUAGAUCCUAUCGCUGCCUGCAUAUCGUUUUUGGUCGAGUAUGAAUUUAUACGUCUUUCGGAACAGGAAAAUCCGGACGGGCCCGGAUUGCGUACCGUCCUGACCGCGACCCGACUCGGACACGCAUGUUUAGCCGCAUCGCUCCCGCCCAAGGAUGGGUUGCUGUUGUUCAGCGAGCUGCAACGUGCGCGCCAGUGUUUCGUGCUCGAGUCGGAACUGCACGCCAUCUAUCUCGUGACGCCAUAUUCCGUCGCCUACCAAUGGCAGCAGAUCGAUUGGAUGGAUUUUCUCGAUCUGUGGGAAAAAUUGCCCGCCGCAUCGAAGCGCGUCGGCGAACUGGUCGGUGUGAAGGAAUCGUUCAUGGUACGUGCGAUGCGCGGUGGUUCCGCCCAUCUCGACUAUCGCAGCCUGCAGAUACACAAACGCUUUUACACCGCACUGGCACUGCUCGAGCUGGUGCGUGAAGUGCCGCUCGGUACGGUCGCCCGUCAGUUCAAAUGUUGCCGCGGGUUACUCCAAAGUCUGCAGCAAGUGUCGGCCACAUUCGCUGGGAUUGUGGCAUCGUUUUGUGCAUCACUUAACUGGACACUGUUGCAGCUUCUGGUGGCACAGUUUCGGGAACGUUUGUUCUUUGGCGUCGCACACGAACUGCUCGAUCUGAUGCGCAUUCCGUCAUUGAAUGGGCAGCGUGCCCGGUUGCUGUACGAUGGUGGGAUUGUUGGCCUGGUACAGCUAGCCAAUGCCGAUCGGUUUACGGUCGAAACUAUCCUACACAAUCGUACCAGCUUCGAGAUGGAGCGGGUGCGCGAUGAUGAGGACAAGUAUGAGGCGGAACGCCGGAAACGUCUGCGAAAUCUACACCUCACCGGACGAUCGGGCGUAACGGUGGAGGAAGCAGCCCGAUUACUCAUACAGGAAGCACGUACGUAUGUGCAGCUAGAGCACGGUCUUGCGAACCCAAGCUGGUCACAGGAUGCGGUGGGACACGCGGAAGAAGCAGAUAGAACGCCAGAAAUGGAGAAACAAUCGCCAUCAACAGGUGCUACGGUGGUUCUGCAAUCGGAAGAACAAACAUCCAGUCUGCUGCUCCUGUCGGAUGGGGGCGAAUCAUCCAGCACGACUGGGAGGCAAUUUCACAACUCGCUAUUGAUGAGGAACGAUGGUGCGACCACCACCGAUGAUGACGACCCCAUAACCCAUCUAAAAAUCAUCGAUGUCUGCAAAGAACGUACCGUGUAUGAUCAAUUUUGUAAGACUGUUGCCGAGCAAGGCUCUAUAACGAUCGCGUUCGGAGUGGAGCAGGAAGACAUCCACUGUCACGGUGGAAGAGGACCACCCUCCAUAGGUGCACAUCUUCGAAAGCUCGAACGAAUGCCAAAAACAUGCGAACGAUCGUAUACGUUCGAUGACAACCUUUAUCUCGCCGGAUUGGGUGUGACUAUGAAGGACACCUCGUCCACCGUGUACUACAUCGAUUUGCAACACGAUACGGUCGUGGAUAGUGCUGAGAAGGUUCGUUUUGUUCGGACUCUGUUCAGUCGGGAGCAGCUAACAAUUGCGCUACUUGAUACGAAGGAUCAGCUGAAGAUCGUUUAUCGAUCGGGAAUACUGCCCGUCGCCGAAGGUGAUCAGAUGAUGGUGGCUACGAUGCAGGAUCCUAGGGUGGCCUGCUGGUUACUCCAAACGGACGCCGAAACUCUCACACUGGACGCAAUGAUCGAACGACACUGUCCUACACUGAAGAAGCGGACCGAACUAAUGAAGAUCGGACAGCAGCGUUGGAUUACGCCCAAAUGGACCGGACAUGCGCUGAACUAUCAUAGCCCAAUCGAUGCCAGGCAGCGCUGUGCCGUUGAGUGUUUGAUCGUACGUGAAUUGAUGGCUGCCGUAAGCGAACGACUUGCCGCAAGUGGAGGAAACUCGCUUCCCAUCUGCUUUACGACACGCGAGAUGCCCGUCCAGGUGGCGUUAGCGCGUGCCGAAGUGAUCGGGUUUCCGGUGGAUCGUGAGCGUUUGGGAGCACUGAUCGCACGUCUCAAGGCAUGUCGCGAUCGAAUUGCGGACGAAGCCCGCAAGCUCAAUGGUAAUCGGCGGCUUGACUUCGGUUCGUCGCGUGCCGUUGCCAAAGCACUUCAGCUAGCCAGUGGUACCGGUCAGAAGAAGUGUCGCACGGUUCGCCAGGUACUGGAGCGUCUGGACAGUCCACUCGCCGCACUCGUGAUCGCUCAUCGCAAAAUCGAAAGCAACCUGUCUCGCACUAUCGAACCCUUGCACCGGGUCAUUCGGCCGGGUUUUGAUCGUGUGCAUGGGCGAAGCUUUUGUUUCACUUCGACCGGCCGUAUCACGAUGCACGAACCUAACCUGCAGACGGUGGUGAAGGAUUUUACCGUACCAUCCGGACUUGGGCCUGAGUUUGACGGUGAAUGCCGACUGUUCAGCUGUCGCGGCACGUUCGUCUGUGCCGAUCCCGAUCGCACUGUGCUCCUGUCGGCCGACUUUUGCCAGCUGGAGCUUUGCAUCCUGACGCACCUAUCGCAGGACCGACAACUGAUGGCAGCACUGGGUAGCACUGACGGUGAAGCGGGCGGACAAACCGCACGUAAGGAUGUGUUCCGUGCGUUGGCCGCCCGCUGGAACCAACUCGAACGCGAAUCGGACGUGAGUGAAGAGUUGCGCAAUCGCACCAAAGCAAUCGUUUACGGUGUAAUCUAUGGUAUGGGCGUACGUGCGAUGGCGGCCGAACUGCAGCUCGACGAGGAUGCGGCCCGAACGCUGAUGGAGCAAUUUCAUGCCACCUAUCCCGAGAUACGGCGCUACAUUGAGCGGGUUGUGCGGUUAACGCGCCAGCUUGGAUACAUUGAAACGCUCACCGGACGACGGCGCCAUUUGCCGGCCAUUUCCAGUGCGAACGCUCGCGAACGGGCCGAAGCAGAACGGCAGGCCGUGUGCACCACGAUCCAGGGUUCGGCGGCCGACAUCCUGAAGAAUGCGAUCGUGCGCAUGGGGCGCAAUUUGGGCAAAUAUCGCAAUGUGCUGGAGCUGAGCGAGAUCCGGCUGGUGCUGCACAUGCACGACGAGCUCAUCUACGAGGUGCCACGAAACCAACUGGCAAAGGUAGCUAAACUACUGAAAUCAAGCAUGGAAAACUGUGCCAAACUGAGCGUGCCGUUACGCGUAAAGUUGAAAGCCGGCCCAAGCUGGGGCACAUUGCAGGAACUAACGACGUUCGGAAGGAAGGCAUAG